UGCAUUGACAUUCACGUUGCAGGUGUCAUCUGCGCGACUUUGCCUCGGAACGUUUUGUUCUACCGAAUUUGUGUGAUGACAUAAGUUCAAGAACCGCUAAUAUUUUCGUGUACUGUGCAGUUAAGUGAUAUUUUAUAAUGAGUGAUAAGAAAAGUGAAGCCUCGCUACAUCACGAUUUGGAUGUUAUGGAAAAUCCUAAGAAACGUUUUUGCUCAGAGAACACCAAUCGUAGGAGCUGGAGUUUACUCGAGCGGUCAACUGAUCAAGAGGUUUUGCAAGAGAUGGGUGUCAGUAUUUUGGAGUCUGAUGAAGAGGCAUCGUGUGGACCUAGUUCGUCAGGACUUGCCCAAAAAACUACAAAAAACGUUCAAGAUAUUGAGAAUGUAAAUCCGAAUGUAAAUUCGGUGACGUCACCACGCUCUAGGUUCAGUCCUAAAAGCCCUAAGCGGAAAGCUAGUCCUAACGCCGGACCUUCAAAAGCUAAAACAACAACUCCUAAGAGUUCAGAAAAACUGAAACCGCUCCAGGAGACUGAACAGCAUAUCUUGGAAACCAGUCUUGUUGAUGAUUAUCUGAUAGAAGAGGAGACUCCUCUGGGUCAAUCAGUCAGCGCUGGAUACAUGCCCACUGCAGGGGCUACGUACAGCGCUGGUAGCGACAGCAGCGGGGGACGGCAAAGUUGCACGCCUCUUGGCAUGGAAGACGAUCUAAUACUGGAACGCCGUUCUAAAUCAGAGCCUACUGAGACCGAAGGCGAUUCCUUCAGGUUGCUCUCCGAUGAGAUGAUGCUGAGCAUAUUCAAUUGGUUGCCGAAACGGAGCCUUGCACAUUGCAUGGUUGUUUGUAAGAGGUGGUACAGAGUAGCCUGCGAUGAGACGCUUUGGGUCCGGAUGGACCUGGGCAACAAGACCAUAGCCAAAGACGCCCUAGGAAGAAUUUUAGACAGAAAACCUGUCAUACUGAGAUUGGCUAGCUCCGAAAUAGGCGACUGGACGCCCACUGGAGAGUUGCCCCCGUCCCGGCUCCAGUUCCUGGACCUGAGCAUGGCUACAAUAUCGACAGCCACCUUAGACACACUGCUAAGUUGCUGUCCGAAUCUCAAAAAGCUAAGCCUUGAGAGCAUUCAGAUAGAGGACAAUACUCUUAGAAUCAUCGGACAAUGCACAAAUUUAGAAACAUUGAACUUAACUAUGGCGUUCGGGCUGAAAACUGAGGGUUUUAACUCAUUAUUUGAAGGAUGCACCAACUUAUUAGCUCUGAAUCUUGGUUGGUGUGGUAUUAGCGAGGAAUCUCUGAAUGCCCUGGUUGAGAAGGCCCCGGAGCGUCUCCAGCGACUCAAUCUGGGUGGAGUCAGAACACUCACCGAUAAUUUGCUGGACAGACUGGUAGAACGCUGCUCUCGACUGCUGGAGCUGGAUGUCUCUGACUGUGGCCUGCUAACUAUAAAUAGUAUCAGCUCGUUUAUGAAGCUGCAAAGACUAGAGCACCUGGCUGUGAAUCGAUGCUACUCCAUACCCGUAAAUUCAUUAACCCGAUUAUCUCGAAUGCCGCAUCUCCAAUAUCUGGACGUUUGGGGAUUGCUACAGAAUCACUGCUUAGCAUCAUUCCGGGCCACCAUGCCGCAUAUCACUGUCAACGCAUUCAUGUUCAGUGCAAUUGCCAGGCCCACAGUUGGGACAAGACGGACUUCAAUUUGGGGCUUAAGAACAAGAGACUAAUCAUUAUUUAGAUAUCAGCCCCGUACUGUCCACUGGCUCCCAUAGUCCUCCCCUAAUAACUACACAUCGCGAGGUUGGAAGCGAUAGACUGCAUACAGAUGAACUUGACUGAUGUUUAUAUAAACGAACUUGCGCAGGUAGGCUUUUAAGAAUCAUAUUUGUCGAUUUUUUUGUUUAAAAAACAAUGUAAAUUAAAAUAAAUGUGGGUUUGGAACUCCCAGAAUAACCAGGGCGAUUAAUCUUGAAUCCAAUUCCGAUCGAUCGACAUUGAUAUUGUGUCGUACUCUUGAGUUGCAACACUAGCGCCCAUU